CCUGUGGUGCGCGCGCAGACAUGAUGAGACUUGGCGGACUCAUCGAAACCUCAGGCAACGCGCAGGCCGCUCCAGUUGGGUGUCGUCUGCUCGCCGGCGACGAGAAAGCGCUGCACUGUUGUGACUCGAACUUUCAAUCAUCUUUUUGCCCCACGCGGCCUUCCUGACCGCUGCGGAGACACACGCACGCGCACAGCGGCUCGUGUAAUUUAGAAUCCAACAUGGCCACUGAGUGGAGCAGACGAUGUCUUCUCAUCUUGUUGUUGGUGUUGCUUGUCGUUGUCGUGUCUGCGUCUGUGACGGAGAAGAUUCUGCAGAUCCCGCUGUUUGAAGUGGGUGAACUGUGGGUCAACGCUGCCUCGACCUUUUGUGCCGGGGUGGUGAGACGAGUGACCACAGUGCCUGACUUUACCCACUGGACCACUUACCUCGGGCUGUCGCUGGCUGCUGCCAUUGUUUAUUGUGGAUACGUCGUUCUCUUGAAGCCCCUCAACCGCGUGCGGAAGCUGGGAGACAUGGGCUACAUCGCCGAGGGCAGCUUGUCGGUUCGAGAAACAGCCAACUACGUACAGAAGAGGAGGAAGGUGGGCAGUGUACCCCCGGUCUACCCCAACGGAUGGUUCGGAAUCAUGGAGUCGUUUCACUUGAAGAAGGGGGAGUCUAAACCUGUCAGCAUCUUGGGUCUCAACCUGGCCGUGUUUCGAGACGAAAAGGGGGUUGCUCACGCCUUGGACGCCUAUUGUCCCCACAUGGGGGCGCACCUAGCAGCGGGGGGAAGAGUCAAAGGUGACUGCCUAGAGUGCCCUUUCCAUGCCUGGCGCUUUCGGGGCGAGGAUGGAAAAUGCAUGCACAUCCCUUACUCGGAGAAAGUUCCAGACAUUGCCAAAGUGAAAUCCUGGCCAGUAUGCGAGAAGAAUGAGUGGAUUUAUCUGUGGCACCAUGCUGAAGGCAUAGAGCCCAGCUGGCUUCUACCCGAAAUCGAAGGAAUCCAAAAUGGCGAGUGGGUGUACAGGGGUAGAACAGAGCACUACGUGAACGCUCAUAUCGAGGAAGUACCCGAGAAUGGGGCUGACGUGUGUCACUUGGGCCAGGUGCACAGCCCUUUCAUCGGGGCCGGUAUUGAUCUGCGCUACAUGUGGAGCAAGGCCUGGUCCUUCGCCCAGCACAUCUGGCACGCCCAGUGGGAGGCCAAGCCGGACCCAGAUGGCCAUAUCGGAGUGAUGCGCCUCACACACAACCUGUCCAUCUUCGGGUUUCACCUGCCUUUCUUAAAUCUCAAUGUUGUAGCCCAACAGAUUGGGCCUGGUGUGGUCUACCUGGAUUUUGAGAGCAUCUUCGGACGAGGAGUGUUCAUCAUGAGCCUGACACCUGUAGAGCCGUUGCUGCAGAAAAUGGUGCACAACAUCUACGCCACGUGGUACACACCUAUACCCAUUGUCAAGUUCUUCCUCGUUGCUGAGGCGUUGCAGGUGGAGCGUGACAUCAUGAUCUGGAACAACAAGCAGUAUGAGUCGCGCCCCAUGUUUGUCAAGUCCAAGGAGGACAGCCUCAUCUCCCGCCACCGUCGCUGGUACUCUCAGUUCUACUCGGAGAACUCGCCUCGACUGAAAUUCCACAAGGACGACCUGCAGUGGUAGACGUGCACGUGACUGUGGCCCAGCCUCACCAUUCAGGGUUCCCUGGUGUCUCGCAGACAAGUCCACUGCUAAACCGCCUUUCAACAUCCUCGCUGUGUCUUGCUGCAAAUCCAUGACAGCUUUUCUCCUGCACGUGUGAGACAACACAGCAUUUGGCCUUGUGACGUCACUGAACCUCCCAGAAUGCCUCAGCGUGAUUUAUGAUAAUGAGAAAGAACGUGGUGUGUAAGGAUUCCAAGGGCUUCGCAGGUUUAUCCUCUUUUAUGAUCGCAACAACAGCAAUACGUUAGUCUUUGUUUUCUCAUGACUUCCUUACUGCUUUGGGAGAUGUAACCAUGGUUACAAAACAUGUAGAUUUUAGUUCUUUGUAUUUUUGUGAAGCACGGUAGAGAACUGUUUUGAGACCCAUCGUCUCGUUAAGCUCGUAGGAAGCAAAUUAGGAUUCCUCUUAAGAAAUAAAGGCUAGAGAAACAGAAUUAGAGAAUUAAAGAUUUUUCUGAACUGAAACUUUUAAGUGUUAAGAAGCAACAAAAAAAAUUCACAGCUGCCAUAGUGUGUUUAAAGGUGCGCAAGAGACGACGGUUAGCUGCAAGUCAGAGUUAAAAAGUAGGUGAAGUGGGGCCGUGUGCAUGGCACAUCGCUAGGUGCGAGCUGGAUGGUUAAAGCCAAGCAGUCAGACCCCUAGCCAUGUGGUGUUCCCCACUGCACAAGCCCAGGGUACCGCAUUGGUUAAUUACGGGCUUCACGCGCACUUAGUAUAUCUUUUCAUUUAGUUAUCUACCCAUUUGUGGAGUUUUUAUAUAGCUUCCUGUCUAUUCCUCAGCCAAAAUCCAAAAACUUUUUACUUUUGGUUAAAUUUUUGCAAACGUUCACCAAAGCGCACGUUGGCUAGCUGUUGCAGUACUUUAAAUAUUUAAAGUAAGCAUCUCUUAAAAGGCUAAUUUAUUUUUGAAUAGAGGAAUUUUGCUUGGCUCAAGGACAGCGCAUGAAAUGGAGAAGAAGAACUUUAGUAGACUGCUUUCUGCAAUUCCUUAAAGCUCUCUAAAAGACUAAGAAAUCAGAUGUUCCAAGAAAACGGGGUGUGUGGACAUAACCCCGAUGUCACGCGGGGGCAAGUUUGUCUCCAUGACACCUACUUUCCAUGUAUCGUCACAAACACCGUACUUGUCCUACACUGGGAUUGAAAUAUAAUAUUUAUAAUCAAUUCGAUACUAAUAUUUUUAAGAUCUCUUAAGGCUUCCUUAGGUUAGGGUCUUAGACACUUUAAUCUCGCCCACAAUUUCUUUAAACCUCGACUUGUCUUGAUUUUAAAUGUUUCCUGUAGCUUUUCUGCGGUCAAAGGAUUUAAGGGACUUCAAUCUGGCUUUAAAGUGGUUUAUUAUUUCGCCCGAAGGUUCGGAAACUUUCAUUUAUAACGAAUAAAAAUUGCUGUUGUUUUCAAAUUUAGAGCGGAGAGUUCUUUUCUCGCCCUAGAACGCAUAGAGCAGGCCUCCAGACAUUUUGUUUGUCCAGGUGUGUCGAACCCUACAAUGUCCUUUUAUUUGUUUGCGUGCUAAGCUCUCCUUUCCAAACAACCCUGUUGACUGCACUGUUAAUAGUUUUGUUUUGUGCUUUUGUCGAUCUUUGUAUUAUUGUUUUUGUAUCUCUGUGUGCGUGCGUGUGUGCGUUUCCAUGCGUGACUGCGUUAGUUUGUGGGUUAUAUGUGUGUGUAUGUCGUUAUUACUGUUACUGUUCGUUCGCUUCAAGGUGAUUCUUGAACCGACGACACCCGUCCAGAACUUUCCUCAGUGAUUUUGUUGCCAUAAUUAGUAACCUCGUUGAAGUGAAACUGUGGAACCUCUGGAAAGUGAUUUGAACAGCGACAUUCCUCUGGCCACCCGCUCGAGCGGAACUCACGAGGUUCUCACACUUGUUAUCGCUGGCCUUGUGAGCAGGGAGGGGUGGGGAAGCCAGUUCACACUCUCUCACUUGUUUCUGGCCUUGCUUUAAUAAAUUAUCAUCUUGUCAUCCCUUCUUACUCUGCCAUGACAAUUAUCAUCUUGCAACAAUACCCUCUCUGAUAAAACAUUGUCAUCUUGCCAUAAUACCCUCUCACUUUGCCAUGAAACAUUAUUAUCUUGCCAUUAGACCAUCUCACACUGCCAUAACACAUGACAUGACAUGACUCCUUGUCUCCCACUCACUUGUCUUUGAAAGUUUCCAGUCGUUCAUGUCAUGUCUGUCGUCCGUACAAUUUGCUAAAAAAAAUAAUCUAACGAAAAUUUCAGUAAUAUUAAGAAUAGUACGAGUCUGUGUGAAGCAAAGACUGUUAAUAAUUGUCUAAAGACACUACAUAUCGAGUUUUACACCGUGUGUCGAUGAUAACACCCGAGCUUUGCAGCACCAAGCAACCUGUGUGUCGGUUCUUGGGGGCAUACUCGGGUUUCAGUUCGUGUGACAAGCCAAUUAUUUCUAACAUUUGUGAACGACUUUUGACUGACACUUUUGUAUCUUAAACAUCUGCUGUUUAGUGGUUUGUUUGUUGUUUUUGUUUUGUUUUGUUUUGUUUUGUUUUUUUUGCUUCGUUUUGUUUUUUGUUUCUGCUUUUUUCCCCCGAGAACGAAUUUCAGAAAAUCUCUCGUUCUGGAGUUAUAAACUUACCAAAAGUCAUCUAAGAUGGUAUUCUUCAAUCCAUUUUAUUUUGCAAGUUAACCAUGUGUUAUAUCAUUCAUAUUAGUGGUGUUAUUAUAUGCUAGUUUCACGAUAAAGUACGAUAAUAAUUGUAAUCAUCAAGCUUGUAAGGACAGUCACCUAGUUUCUAGCUGCUUUCACAGGAACACUGUACCUUUGACCUACCAGCGUGCAGUGAGUGGAGUGACUUGUAUUUGUCUCAUUUCUAAAUAAACAUCGUGUCCAAACCUGCUCACCUGUCAUGCCGCGCUCAUUUUCUGUCACGUGACUGUUUUGUCUAAUUCACGUGCUAUAAUUUUCCUCUGAAGUGUUUGUAUAGAUGUGUGUGGACAUGAUGCAAAGUUAAUAGAAGAAGAAUAUAUAUAUAUGGCUUUUUGCAUGUCUCUGUCUCUCCUCGGUGACCUCAUGUUCUCUAGACAGCUCAAUUUGUUUCCUUACAGAAUAGCUACAGACUCUGUUCAAAGAUUUGCGAGAUGAGAAAAGUCAGGUGAAGGUGUCAGUUUUGACAUAAAUAUAAUAGCAUGGCAUUCCACCAGAAGAACAUGGCUGGAAAAACGCCAAGAAUUGAUUUUGUUCUCGCGACACUGUCGUCUGGCACCAUGACACUGACACUGUCAUUUCCUACCAUGACACUGACACUGUCAUUCCCCACCAUAACAAGGACACUCGUCUCGCAACCUGACACUAACACUGUCAUUUCACACCAUGACACCGUCAUCACGCAACAUGGCACUGACACUGACACUUCCACCUCGUACCAUGACACUGUCAUCUCACAACGUGAUACUAACUUGUGUCACUACUCUUCACUUUUGUUUUGUAUGUAAACAAAUGAAAUAAAGCGCUCAAACAAUA